UAGCCCUACAAAGUGAUAAGCAGUCUAGAAAGCAGGAUAGUGAAAAACAGCAACAGAAAUUCAAUGCACCAGCACUUGAUGUUAACAGUACAAAACAGGUGAUUCGCCAUACGUCUUUCAGCAGCAAUCCAGUGGAAGAACUUGUAUACGUAAAUAGAAACCAUCCUUGCGAUCCCAAAAAUAUUUCUCGGUCACUAAGAGGGAAUGAAAUUUGGGAAACUGAAGAGGAAUUGAGAGCUGUUUGCAUUUUGUACAGAGUUACCAAAACACCUGUGAUGAAAGUUAAACAGUUGGAUAAGAUGUGUCAUGAAAAUGAAGGAGACAAUCUCAAAUCAGAUAGUAAAAUUUCUACGAUUUCUGAACAGCUAAGUGGAAGUGUGAUGCCAUUCAAAGAUAAUAAAAUUAGUAAAUUAAAAACUGAUGAAAACGAUGGAUCAUUUUUUCAAAGUAUCAAAGCUAUGAAAGAAAUAUAUACCAAUCCGGUGUACGUCCUCAUAAGCAUCUGCAUGGCAACAUAUGUUAUCAUUUUCAUACCAAUCAUAACCGUGACCGUGGACUACAGCAAAGACAAAGGGAUUUCGGAAUCUUAUGGGAAGUACCUCAUCAAUGCCCUUGCAAUUGGUGACUUAGUUGGAAGACUUUGUUUUGGUUGGGUGACUGAUCGAGGCUUCAUGACGAUUCCUUCCUUCGUGACAACGUUGCUGGUCUUGCAAGGCAUCUUCAUUGCACUGUUUCCUAUUACCAAUUCCCUGUACACCUUCAUGACACUUCAAGUCCUUUAUGGAAUGGCAUCUGGGAGUAUGCUCGUGCUAUUUCCUGUACUGGUGCUAAAGUAUGUGGACAUGAAUAAACAAGCAGUAGCAAUAGCUUGUGUUGGCUUCCUUUCUGGUUUAGUCUCAUUCUGCAUACCGCCACUCAUUGGUUACUUUCGAGAUAAAGUUGGAUCUUACGAUGGAAUGUUCUAUUUAACCGGAGGAGUAUCCAUUAUAUCAGGAGGAAUGUGGUUGCUGGAACCCGUUGUCGUUAAACUUUAUUAUGGAGACGAUUAUCAGGAAAAAAUUGACAAUAAAAACUACUUUAAGAACAUCGAAGGGCAUGAAAAAGAAGCCAAACCAAGCUGAUCAGGAGUAGAAGAAACCCUUGAAAACGUACCUGACAUGUUCUAGCUCAGGGAAAUUGAAACAGAGCUUUAUUUUACUUUUAAUGAUUUAAAGUUUCAGUUGCACAUCAGAACUAUUUAUUCUCUCUCAACGCUUUCAACGAGUUAAAGCAAGAAAUAUUUAUGUAAUGGUUUUUACUGUUUUUGUAUUA